AUGAGUCCUUUCGCGUCCUGUACUGAUCAGGAUAUAAGAGGCAGAACAAGUGCUCCGACAUCCGUGCUGGAGCGGCACCCGAGCGCACCGAGGCCGGAGUUCGAAGACCCUGGCUCCGGCGGCCGCGAGGGUCCGCCGUUUGGCAUGCGCGGCGGCGACGGCGGCGGCGCGCGACGGCGCGGAUGGCCACGGCGCAUGCGCGUGCGAGCCGCAACUUCGUAUGCCGUCCGCGCCGAGCGCCGUACGCCUGGGGAGAAGCCGUACCGCUGCCAGUGGCCGGAGUGCGAGUGGCGGUUCGCGCGGUCGGACGAGCUGACGCGCCACUACCGCAAGCACACGGGCGCCAAGCCCUUCAAGUGCGCCGUGUGCGACCGGUCGUUCGCGCGCUCCGACCACCUCGCGCUGCACAUGAAGCGCCACCAGCCCAAGGCGCCCAAGUGA